GCGGGGGUGAAUCCUCUUGGUCCGCCCGCUGAUCUUCGGCUCCGCCGCGCAGAGAAGCUGCAGCGGAUCUCAGACUCAAGUUGGAAACUGCAGCGAUGCUGAGGACUUUGGUGCCGCUUCAGGACCGACUUGUUCUGGGGAAAACCUUCACCUAGAGGAGCCGCCGCCCGCCGUCGUCAGACCCAACUUUGUUCUGGACCGAACCCGCUGCAGGACGGAGGGAGGAGGACGAUGGAGGUCAGCUUUUCUCCGCGCCUCACUCUGCUGUGCCUCGGCUUCGUCUCCGGGGUUCGAACCCUCAACCCCGACGACCCCAACGUGUGCAGCCACUGGGAGAGCUACGCGGUCACCGUGCAGGAAUCCUACGCCCAUCCCUUCGACCAGGUUUACUACACCCGCUGCACCGACAUCCUCAACUGGUUCAAAUGCACCAAACACAGGAUCAGCUAUAAGACGGCCUACAGGAGAGGCGUGAGGACGAUGUACCGCAGACGCUCGCAGUGCUGCCCCGGGUUCUACGAGACCGGAGAACUCUGCGUCCCGCUGUGUACGGAGGAGUGUGUCCACGGCCGGUGUGUUUCUCCGGAUACCUGCCAGUGUGAGCCGGGCUGGGGGGGGCUGGACUGCUCCAGCGGCUGUGAGAGCGACUUCUGGGGCCCCCACUGCACCAACCGCUGCCAGUGCCGCAACGGGGCCAAAUGCAACCCGAUAACGGGCGCCUGCGUCUGCACCGACGGCUUCCAGGGCUGGCGCUGCGAGGAGCACUGCCACCACAACCUCUACGGCAAAGACUGCAUGCAGGAGUGCCGCUGCCUCAACGGCGCCACCUGCCACCACCAGAGCGGGGAGUGCCUCUGCGCGCCCGGCUACACCGGCAGCUUCUGUGAGGAGCCCUGUCCUCCAGGUAAACACGGCUCCAUGUGCGAACAGCGCUGCUCCUGCCAGAACGGAGGAACCUGCCAUCACGUCACCGGGGAGUGCUGCUGCCCGCCCGGCUGGAUGGGUCCGGUGUGCGCCCAGCCGUGCCCCUUCGGCUGGUUUGGCAUCAACUGCUCCGAGGAGUGCACGUGUCGGAACGGAGGCCUGUGUGACCACAUCAGCGGCGUGUGUCAGUGCACCGCCGGCUACAUCGGAGAGAGGUGCCAGGAGGAAUGUCCCGUGGGAACGUACGGCCCGCAGUGCGCCCAUAAGUGUGACUGCCUGAACGGGGCCCGGUGCUACCACAUCAACGGGGCGUGUCUCUGCAACGAGGGCUUCAAGGGCCCCAGCUGCCAGGACCGCUUCUGCCCCGCCGGCCUCUACGGGCUGCUCUGCGAUAAGAUCUGCCCCUGCAAGGGCAACAACACGCUCAGCUGCCACCCGCUGUCGGGGGAGUGCACCUGCGCCGCCGGAUGGGCGGGGCUUUACUGCAACGAGACCUGCCCCGCUGGUUACUAUGGCAACGGCUGCAAGGAGCCGUGCAGCUGCGCCAACGGAGCCGACUGCGACGGCGUCAGCGGAGCCUGCGUCUGCGCGCCGGGCUUCAUCGGAGACGACUGCUCCAUCAGCUGUCCUCCGGGUCUGUACGGCUCCAACUGCUCCGCCGCAUGCUGCUGCCGCAACGAGGCGUCCUGCUCGCAUGUGGAUGGCUCCUGCAUCUGCAGAGAAGGCUGGCAGGGCGUGGACUGCUCCAUCCCCUGCUCCAGCGGCUCCUGGGGCUCCAGCUGCAACCAGACGUGUCAAUGCGCCAACGAGGCGGCCUGCGACCCCGUCAACGGCUCCUGCACCUGCUCACCGGGCUGGAGGGGCGAAUACUGCGACGUCCUCUGUCCCGACGGGUCCUACGGGUUGGACUGCAGGGAGAGAUGCGACUGUCUCCAUGCCGACGGCUGCGACCCACUGACAGGAACCUGCCGCUGCCUCGCAGGCUGGACCGGCGUCCACUGUGACAGCGUUUGCCCUGAGGGCCUCUGGGGGCCAAACUGCUCCUCCAGCUGCUCCUGUGAGAACGGAGGCUCCUGCGGCCCGGAGGACGGCGGCUGCGUUUGCGCUGCGGGAUACCGCGGCACCAACUGCAGGAGAACCUGCUCCCCAGGGUCCUACGGCCUGCGCUGCAGCCAGCCGUGUCCUCAGUGCGUCCACAGCGACGCGCCCUGCCACCACGUCACCGGACGCUGCGACUGCCUCAGCGGAUUCUUCGGCUCCCUCUGCAACCAAGUUUGCCCCAGUGGGAAGUUCGGCAAGGCCUGCGCCGAGGCCUGCGCCUGCACCAACAACGGCACCUGCAACCCGCUGGACGGCUCCUGCCAGUGCUACCCCGGCUGGAUCGGAGACGACUGCUCCAAACCGUGUCCUGCAGGGUCCUGGGGUCCAGACUGCCUCCAGCGGUGCAACUGUCACAACGGAGCCGAGUGCAGCGCCGCGGACGGAGAGUGUUCCUGCAGCCCCGGGUGGACCGGACUCUACUGCACGCAGCGCUGCCCGUCGGGUUUCUACGGCGCUCAGUGUUCGGAGGUUUGCCGCUGCCAGAACGGCGCCGACUGCGACCACAUCGGCGGCCGUUGCUCCUGCAGGACAGGCUUCAUCGGGCCCAGCUGUGAGCUCAAGUGUCCGUCAGGGACGUUUGGCUACGGCUGCCAGCAGCUCUGCGAGUGCAUGAACAACGCCACGUGCGACUACGUGACGGGAACCUGCUACUGCAGCAUCGGCUUUAAGGGCAUCCGCUGCGACCAGGCCGCCUUGAUGAUGGAGGAGCUGAACCCGUACACCAAGAUCAGCCCAGCGCUGGCGUCGGAGCGGCAGUCGGCCGGCGCCGUGCUGGGCAUCGUCUUCCUGCUGCUGCUCAUCAUGGCCAUGCUGGUUCUGGUGGUCUGGUUCCGGUACCGGUACCGGCAGCGGGAGAAAGGCCAGCAGGCGCCCAGCGUCAGCUACACCCCCGCCCUGCACAUCGGCUCCACCGACUACUCGCUGUCAGGGCUGCAGUGUGCAGGCCUGCUCUCCUCUGCAGACUCGUCUCCCAGCAGCAGCUCCGCCGCCGGCUGCUUCUCCAACCCCAGCUACCACACGCUGGGGCCGUGCGGCUACGCCGCGCACUACGCCAAGCCGGACAAGAAGAGCGCCGCCCAGAUGAAACCGAAGAAGAGAUUCAGGAACAGCGCUCCGGAGUGGGGCGCCUACUGCAACCUCACUGAUCUGGGAGUUUACUGCAUCGACCGGCGCCUCAGUUACCACCUGGAGCCGCCCUGCAGAGACUACAUGAAGGGCUCUCUGUCCAGCACCUGCUCCCUGAACAGCGAGAAUCCUUACGCCACCAUCAACGACCAGCCGGCGCUCUGCAAGCACGCCGAGAGCAGCUACGUGGAGAUGAAGUCGCCGGUGCAUCGUGAGCACGCGACGCGCUGCUGCUCCGCCGCCAUCAGCGGCGGCGUUUCGCCCGCCAGGAACGUCUACGACAUCGAACCGACCGCCGGCGCCGCGCUGCUCCCCGGUUACCCUCAGAACCCGUAUGACCUGCCCAGGAACAGCCACAUCCCGAGCCACUACGACCUGCUGCCGGUCCGGCCCAGCCCGACCCGCAGCAUCACCCCGCCGCUGCCUGGCAGCCCCACCAGCUCGCUGCUCUGAGCCCAGCGCCCUCACUGGGACGCUCCCAGUUCCACCAGUUUAUUUCUUCGUCACUGUGUUUGAGCGUCGCAGCGUCUGAACUUGAUGAACAGAACUUCCUGCAGAGGGAAGAAGUGACGGAUCCGUCCAGAAGCGGGUCUGUUGUUCAAAGGAACUGAAGAACUGAAAGUUCCUGAACUGUUUCUCAGACAGGAAACUCGGCUCCUGACUAUGAAACCUCUUUGGGAACAUUUCUGCUAUUUUUACACAGUUUCUUAUUUCCUGCUGACAUUCAGAGAUCCAGCAGGAAUCAAAGUUUCUCUUUUCUAUGUUCUACAUAUAUCUGUUCUAGAUAUGGACUUCUGGAUAUUGUUGUGCUUUUCCCUUAUUGUGUUGAGCUUCAUUCUCCUGCAUGCCAAAGAAAGAUAGAAAAAUAUUCAGAAAAGACCGAUAGUUUUUUUUUACUGAUGUUUUGGUUAAUAAUCGCCAUGUGACUCAGCGUAGAAACACCUCCGACCUGAAGGAGGCGCUGCAGAGAAAACCCCUCCAGUUUCUCUCCUUCAGAAGUUGGAAAAAUCGUAGCGAAGAGUAGUUUCCAGAAAACUCUUCGCUCUCUUUUCAGACUGAUGAAACCGGUCCCGCUCCGGCCCUCUAGCGCCACCGUCAGGUUUCAGCCACACACUGGAUCUGAUCUACAGUUAACGCCGUUAGAUCAGAAUUCUGCAGAAUUUGCUGAGAUCCCAACCAAAAGUUCCAGGUCUGUAUCAUGGAGGACUUCAGGUCAAAGGUCAAGGUUCAAACCGGAAACAUGGAAAGUUCCUUCAGGUCAGGAGGGAAAAUCAGGUGGAACAGAAACGCUUGUAAAGUUAGACAAAGAUGAACAGAAAUAAUUUGGAUGAUUCAGCCUGACAGCAAAAAAUAUUACAGGCUAAAUAACCCAAAUUAUUGCAGUUAACUUUUGACUGAGCGGAUCCGGUCGCUGAUCCGGUCGCUGAUCCGGUCGGAUGGAGGAGUUGACGCUCCGUCUGGACUCACUUCUGACCGUGAGUUAAGAGACGAGAAAAUGAAAUCCUGAAUCCACCUGACCUGAGUUUUUCCACAUGAACUUUGUCCCUGUCACAUCCUGGACAAACGCAAAACCAUUUUUCUUGUUUCACUUUCAUGGCUGUGAAGGCAGCAGCUGUUAGCUCAAGGUGUUUUGGGUUUUUGAGGUAAAAUCUCCAGAGUUCUCCCUGUGAACAUUUUCUUUUUACUGUGUAUUUAACAGGGUAAACAUUUCCUCAUGCAUAGAAAACGUGCAUACAGGUUUCCAUACUUACAACUUGUGUCUUUCCCGUUGAUUUUUAUCAAAACUUUAGCUAAAAUCUUAUGAAUCUUCUAAAACCUCCACUACAACACCUUCUGCAGACAUGCAGUGAGGAAACCUUUGACCCUGCAGAUCAGCCUGAAAUCAGACUGGUUUGUUAAAACGCUUCAUGUCUAAGCAGUGAACAGAUUGGAUCUUUUUACUGACGAAUGUUUUCCAAACCUUCGUGAUCGAUUUUUAUCUCUAGCUAGCUCAGCAGUCAGUCAGUUGAUUGUAACAUCUGUAAACAAAAGACCAAAAAACGUAAUUGAGCGCAAAAAGAAGGAACCCGAGGACUCGGCCUUGAGGCAUCCCAAAACUAAUCAUCAGUUUAUCUGUGGAAAGGUGCAGAAGUUUACGUCUUAAUUUCAGCCGCGGCAAUAACAGAACAUGACAAUCAGAUGUAAAACUGCUAAUUUUGUGUUUUGAUUCCUUUUUUAGAAUAAUUUCCUGUUCUUGUUCAUCUCUGACAGAGAAAUGUUUGAAUAGAUGUACCAACUGCUUUCUUUUCCCCACUUCCUGACCUGAAUAAAGUCAGCCUGACUCAGGGGGGCGUGUCGUCAUCAUCAGUUAUGUUCAACAACCCUAACUUCUGCUUCUGAGCUUUUGCUACGACCUGUUAGCAAAAACACGUCGGACAUGUUGACUGAUGUGUUUCUCUUGCAAUUACAUCUUUAUUUAAAAAAUCGUGAAAUGGAACAAACAUGUCGCACAUCAUGUCCGAAAGUCUGCAGUAGCUCUGUGGGUCUUAGAGAAUAGACUUUAGGUGAGAGGAGCUGAAUCGUUGUGGAUAUAAAGCCGUUUCCAUGGUAACGGUUUGCAUUCCUACUCACUGCAUGACUUCAUGGCGGAGUUAUGAUGCCAUGACGUCACAGCUUCCAGCUAAAACACAAAAAAAAUCUGUGAAUUUGAAUGUAAAAUUUGGAUUUACAAUGUUAAAAGUACAUUUUAAAAUAUGCAACCGUCAUAAUGCCUGACCUGUUACCGAUCUGCCUGUUAGCUCGUUAGCCACUAGCCGAGUUCAAAAACUGUUCUGAGACUCCAUGAUGCAAAAACUACUGAAUAGUUUUUGCAAACACUGACAGAGAGUGAAUAAAUAAUUGAGUUGAUCAGCAGGUUUAUGACUGGUGCGCUUUAUUAAGAUAAACUGAUAACUUAUAUAGACACAAUUGUACAAUUCAUUGGUCUGUACAAAACAUAAAACCAUUCGAGUCGAGCCCACGCUUCGCCGUCACACUUGGCUGAAAUGACAUCAUUUCAUUCUGGUGUUUUCACUGAAAUUACAGUCAGUUACAGGAUUCAAUAUAGUAAAAAAAAAAAGAGUCAACACAGGUUUUUAAAAAACAA